AUGAGAUUCGUCAACACCGCUCUGGUCGCCUCCUCUGGCUUCCUGCUCGUCGCUGCGGCACCGCCAGUUAUAAACCCAUCCGAAAUUCAAAUCAUGUUCACUUACCCCAACGGCUCAACCACUGACUUCAUCACUGUUCCUGGUCGUGAGCAGUGGUUCCCUAUCGGGAGCGGAUCCGAUGUUAGCCAUAUAACUAUCAAUCCUAAGGAGGGCAAGAAUGUCCGAUGCCAGUUCAUCUCGUCCGAGCGCGACAUUAUCGCUUCUCCUGCCUUGACUCACCCAGACAUCAUUGACAUCAACCCAAGCUGA